UCGCCAGUCGCCGCCGCGCGCGCCUCGGAAUCUGGGGACUCGAGAGCCUGCGAGAGCCAGUCUCAGCCAGACCCCAGGGAGAGCGCGGGGCUGCGGCACCCCGCCCCGCCCGCCACACCUGGGAGCGGUGAGGACCGGGAGAGGCGGGGCGCGGCAGGAGGCUGGCCCGGUGCCUGAGCAGCGCCGCCGAAAGCCGGCCGGACUGGAGCGGGGCGAAGGGGGAGGGUCUCGAGGCCGAGUCCAGCUCCUCCGAGGGAGGGACCCCAGCUGGGGUGGAAAACCUGCACGGGGGAGCCGCAGAGACGCGCCGCGCUAAUCAUGGAGUGGGCCGGCCCCGGCUCCGCGCGGCCGCAGCAGCAGUGGGACCAGGAAUCGGUCGAAGCGUGGCUGGACGAUCACUGGGACUUUACCUUCUCUUACUUUGUUAGGAAAGGCACCAGAGAAAUGGUCAAUGCAUGGUUUGCUGAGAGAGUUCGCACCAUCCCUGUGUGCAAGGAAGGCGUCAGAGGCCACACGGAAGCUUGCUCUUGCCCCUCGCAGCAGAGUCUCUGUGCAGAGAGCAGCGUCCCUGGAACACCAACCAGGAAAAUCUCCGCCUCCGAAUUUGAUCGGCCUCUUAGACCCAUUGUCGUCAAGGAUUCUGAGGGAACUGUGAGCUUCCUCUCUGACUCAGAAAAGAAGGAACAGAUGCCUCUAACCCCCCCAAGGUUUGAUAAUGAUGAAGGGGACCAGUGCUCAAGACUCUUGGAAUUAGUGAAAGAUAUUUCUAGUCACUUGGAUGUCACAGCCUUAUGUCACAAAAUUUUCUUGCACAUCCAUGGACUCAUCUCCACUGACCGCUAUUCCCUGUUCCUUGUCUGUGAGGACAACUCCAACGACAAGUUUCUUAUCAGCCACCUCUUUGAUGUUGCAGAAGGUUCAACACUGGAAGAAGCUUCAAAUAACUGUAUCCGCUUAGAGUGGAACAAAGGCAUCGUGGGACAUGUGGCUGCUCUUGGUGAGCCCUUGAACAUCAAAGAUGCAUAUGAGGAUCCUCGGUUCAAUGCAGAAGUUGACCAAAUUACAGGCUACAAGACACAAAGUAUUCUUUGUAUGCCAAUUAAGAAUCAUAGGGAAGAGAAACAAAACAGAAAUACUCCGAAAAGUUUCCAUUGGUACUGGACUUGAUAUGGUGAUGGUGAAGAUCUUUUCCUUUUUUUUUUUUCCACAUUACCCUUUGAAUAACAAACAAGUGUAUUUUACAAAGAAGAAGAUGGUAACCACUUUCCUAAGGAAAAAAACAUUUCUUAAGAGCAUCAGAUGAAAAACAUAGUGCUAGUAAGUUAAAUCCCUGAGGCUACACUACUGAUCCAGGAGAAGAAAGAAUGAAUAAAAGCUUGAGACUGAAAGUUAAGUUAAUGGUAGGCUAUAUUUACCCAAAUCUUAUUUUCAGUGCUCAGAAAAUUUGGUUCAGACUGAAUGCUAUGUUUUAUUCAAUAUAAAGUUAAUCUUCAUUGGUACUUUUAGAAUUCCAGCAGUUGUUGGAAUGCCUUGCAUUUUUCAUUUGAUAGAGCAUUUGUAAGUUUAAUUUUGAGAAGUUUUAUAUAGAUACUGAAUUAUGGCUAGUAGAGGUCUGGAACCAGCUGCAGGUAAGCGAAAAUAAUUUCUUUGUAUAAUAUCUGACCCAGAACCACAUAAUGAGACCUUGGGAUGGAUUUUGAUUAUUAAAUAAUGUUCAUGCAUUCUUAAAGAGUUAAGGUAGUUGUCAGUGAAAUUGCUGCUCUCAAUAGAUAUAUGUAUGCAAACAUCUUUAUUCAUCUAAGAGCUAAGAUUAUAUAGGCAAAGUGCUUUAAAAACUAUGUACUCUGUAUUCCUUCUUAUUAA